CUCUGCUUUGCGGCAAGACGUAUUUCAGAGAGUUUCAGAGAGUAUUUCAAGCAUGUGUUUCUGAACUGCAUGUACCGGUGACAAAUUUCAAUAAGGAGAAAAUAAUUUUUAAUUUCUAAAUGAAUUCAUAAUGUAUUCUACAGUGUUAUUAUUGGUUUUUAGAGACCACACAAAGCGCUCGUGAAAACUAAAACUAGAGUGCCAUUAGCCUACCUGGUGACAGCUUUACGUUGCUAGAAGUGCUGGCUAAUUUUCCAGUUUGAUAAAAUGCUAUACUUCAUAGGUCUUGGCUUGGGAGAUACCAAAGACAUCACUGUAAAGGGACUCGAAAUCAUUAAACAAUGCAGUCGUGUCUACUUGGAAGCAUACACAUCCAUACUGACUGUUGGAAAAGAGGCUUUGGAGGAGUUCUACGGACGUGAGCUGAUCCUAGCGGAUCGUGACAUGGUGGAGCAGGAAGCCGAGGAGAUCCUUAAGGGCGCGGACGUGAGCGACGUCGCAUUUCUGGUGGUGGGCGACCCAUUUGGAGCCACCACCCACAGCGACCUGGUCCUGAGAGCAGUGAAUGCUGGGAUAGAAUACCGGGUCAUCCACAAUGCCUCCAUCAUGAAUGCAGUUGGAUGCUGUGGGCUCCAGCUGUAUAACUUCGGAGAAACUGUUUCCAUUGUGUUCUGGACAGACACCUGGAGACCGGAAAGCUUUUAUGACAAAAUCCACAGAAACCGGGAGAAUGGGUUGCACACACUUUGUCUGCUGGAUAUUAAAGUCAAAGAGCAGUCCAUGGAGAAUUUACUGAGAGGCCGUAAGAUCUACGAGCCCCCCAGGUACAUGAGCGUGAGCCAGGCGGCCGAGCAGCUCUUAGAGAUCGUGCAGAACCGCAGGGAGAGGAAGGAGGACCUGGGCUUCACGGAGGACACAAUCUGCGUGGGGUUGGCGAGGGUUGGGGCAGAGGACCAGGCCAUCAGGGCGGGGUCGCUGCGCCAGCUGGCGUCCUGUGACCUGGGCGGACCCCUGCACUCGCUGAUUGUGACGGGACACCUGCACCCGCUGGAGCUGGACAUGCUCCGGCUCUCUGCCGUGGAGCCCGCCACUUUACAGGGCCUGAAGACCCUGGAUAGCUCCACGUACACCUCCUGACUCAGACAAAAUGGUGGGAACAAGAUCAUAAAAUAAAAUGGUGAAUCAUCAAUCGAAUGGGGUUAGGAUGUAUGAAACAGAAAUUGCCUAAGUGUUAUUUUUCAUCAAACAAACCAGGGCAGGGCAUGGCGGCAUGGCUGCCAAAGCCUCACUAAUCAUCUUGCAGCUGAACUGGUUAAUUAGCCUCGCGUAUAGGAAUCAUUAAUGUCGUGUCAGAAAGUAACAACAGUCCGAGAUGAAUGAAAGAUGAAAAAAUGACAUGGAGAAAUGUCAGGCCUACUUCAUCUGGGUUGAAUUGGAAAAAUGAACGCUGACCUUGGAAAAUGAACCCAUUUUAACCCUAAAAUUGUCCAAUUUCCAAAUAUUAUAAAUGCUGCGUAGUUUUAAUUUGAUACAUAUAUACGUUGUUUUAAUAAACAUAUGUGCGCGG